CAGGGACUAGAAAAUAAUAGCCCUGUGUGUUUUAACUGGUUCGGACGCAAAAGAGACUAAUGUGUCUUCUAGGCAUCCAGCGCUCUUUGGAGAAAGUUGAGCACAGAAUGCCUCUUCAUUGACAUCACCAGGGAUGACUUUUGACACCACUCACAGGAUGGAGUGCUUGUUCCAACGUUGGCAUAAAGACGUUUUCCUUUGCUCCUCGCUUCGGUCUGUACUUUCUGUGACAUGCUUGCUCCUUGUUCUGCUCAUGAGUCUCUAUCCCUGCCUGUGGUCCAUUGGGGUGCGACUUCAUUCAGUCUUCACAGGAAACUAUCUACCAGGCCACUACUCUGUCCUUAUUAUUAACAGCCCAACCGAGCAGACGGCCAAGGAUAUUGGCAGAGCCAUCAUGGAGAAGAGGCUAGCUGCCAGUAUUAACAUUCUCACAAGGACAUCUACAAUGUACAUAUGGAAAGAUGAAAUUCGUGACACCAGUGAAAUUCUUAUGCUUGUAAAAACAAAAACUUCCAGGAUUCAACAUGUCUUGGAAUAUGUGAGGUCUGUCCACCCAUACGCAGCCCCAGAAGUCCUCAGUUUUCUCGUGGAGGAUGGCAACCUGGAAUACCUGAACUGGAUGGAUGAAGUGAUUCCAGAACAUUGAUUUAUCAUUAACUCAAAGUCAUUUUCAGUAAACAGGAUAUAGACAACUGCUCUUCAUCAAACAUUAACCAGGAAGUAACAAACAAAACUAAGUAGUUUUAAAUUAACCAACAUGUUUUGAGGCAGCUUGAAGAAGCAAAUAUAUAAACAAAUAAUGCCUUAUUUAUGUACUGUAUUUGCUGAAUGUUUUGCACUGUUUUAACUCUAAUGGCCUUUUAAGAUAUUGCCAAAACUGUCAAAAAGUAAAAACAAAAAGAACAGAACAGAAAAAAUAAUUCAUUCAACCUCAAACACUACAGACUAAUACAACUACAACAUUCUUUCUUACAAGUCCAGAGUAUAGGCGUUAUAAAAAGUCAAUUUUUAAACUUCUC